GCGGAGGGCCCCGGCUCCUCCUCUUCCCCUCUCCGCGGUGCCGCCCUCGCCCGCAAACCCAAACACUCCGGGCUGCUGGUGCGCGUGAUCUCCCUGUGGUCGCUCGGGCCGAGAGAUGCUGCUGCUGGCCGCCGCCGGCCUCGUGGCCUUCGUGCUGCUCCUCUACAUGGUGUCGCCGCUCAUCAGCCCCAAGCCCCUCGCGCUGCCCGGCGCGCACGUAGUGGUCACAGGAGGGUCCAGUGGCAUCGGAAAGUGCAUUGCCAUCGAGUGCUUCAGACAAGGAGCGUUUAUAACUCUGGUCGCACGGAAUGAGGACAAGCUGCUGCAGGCGAAGAAGGAAAUCGAAAAGCACUCUAUUAAUGAUAAACAGGUGGUGCUUUGUAUCUCAGUCGAUGUGUCUCAAGACUAUAACCAAGUGGAGAAUGUCAUAAAACAAGCACAAGAGAAGCUGGGUCCUGUGGACAUGCUGGUCAACUGUGCAGGAAUGUCUCUGUCAGGAAAGUUUGAAGAACUUGAAGUUAGUUCUUUUGAGAAGUUAAUGAGCAUCAAUUACCUGGGCAGCGUGUACCCCAGCAGGGCAGUGAUCGCCACCAUGAAGGAGCGACGUGUGGGCAGAAUCGUGUUUGUGUCCUCGCAGGCGGGACAGCUGGGGCUGUUUGGUUUCACAGCCUACUCUUCAUCCAAGUUUGCCAUAAGAGGAUUGGCAGAAGCUCUGCAGAUGGAGGUGAAGCCUUAUAAUGUGUAUGUCACUGUGGCCUACCCGCCGGACACGGACACCCCGGGGUUGGCGGAGGAAAACAAGACUAAGCCCCUGGAGACCCGGCUUAUUUCAGAGACUACAGCUAUUUGCAAACCAGAGCAGGUGGCCAAACAAAUUGUGAAAGAUGCCAUACAAGGAAAUUUUAAUAGUUCCAUUGGCUCAGAUGGGUACAUGCUGUCAUCACUCACCUGUGGGAUGGCCCCGGUGACUUCCAUCACGGAAGGACUCCAGCAGGUGGUCACCAUGGGCCUUUUCCGAACCAUUGCUCUGUUUUACCUGGGAAGUUUUGAUAAUAUAGUUCGCCGCUGCAUGGUGCAGAAAGCAAAACCUGAAACUGUAGACAAAACUGCCUAAUUCUUGCCCCUCGGACAAGACUGUAUCCAGUGAUCUGAACGGCUUGCUGCUAAUGGAACUCGGUUUUUGGCCUCCGGACUCUUGUGUCUUGUUUGUGAAUGUGUGAGAUUGGACCCAGUGCUCUUCAGGAUCUGGCUGCAAGCAAAGGGACGGAGCUGUCUCUACAACAUCACCGUUAACACUAUGCAAAUACAGACCAGGACACCAUUGGGUUUUCUGGGCUUGGAGGCAAAGUGAUGACCAUGUGAGAACUAGUAACGGAGAACAGGGUGAAGAAUAGAAUUCCAGAAUGGUAAAUUUGGUUUUUUCAUUUAUCCCCCUCUUGCCCAUAGAGAUCAAGAAAUGUACUUUGUGGCACAUAAGAACUUUUGAGGGUUUCUUUUGUUUUUUGGUUUUAAUUUUUCAUGAAAGAUGGUGUCUGGGUUUUCAUUAGGGUUGGUUUUUUUUUGUUUGUUUUUAAUUUUUUUAGCAUUUUUUAUUCAAGGUGUGACUUCCACAUAGCCAGUGAGUCUGUCAGCUCUCCUCUGCUGUGUUUGGUACUCGCUUCUGCUAGUGAGGCUGGCUUCUCUCUCUUUGAUCCCUAUAAUAUGAGGGGGAUGAGAGGGCGGUGCAGAGGAAGGCGAGGGGCUGAGUCCUUUGCAUAGGCAAAUGGGGCUUUCUUGUCUUCUUAAGACUAGUGCUUAGAACAUUUUUAUUUUUAUUCAUGGGGAAAGGUAGCUUCUUUACAUGUUUUCUGAAUAGAAAUAAAAUCUCAUAGAAGCUUAAAAGUUUACAGUUUCUUCAAUAGUCAUGAUGAUCUGAAGUUCACAAUUCCAUUCCAGCUCAGUCUCUGUGUUCUUCCCAGCUCUCUUUCUGAUUUUGCUUAUUCUUCUGUAGUAUUUUUGUAAAAAAAAAUGAUGGAGACAAGUGCAGAUUUUUUUUUACUUUUUAAAUUAAUUUAUGAAUUCAUUAAAACAAAAAAUUUACAAGCAUUCUUAUAUUUUUGGUUGUGAGCCUAGUCUCUAAUGGCUGAGCCAUUUCUCAGCCCAAAGCAUGCCGUUUUUAUCCUCACAGCAUACAUGUAGCUUUUAGGGAAGGUGGCUGGUUGCAUACUUCUCAGUGAAGUUACUUGUAAAGAUGACCGAUUUUGAACACCCUUAUUUGGGAAGUAAGAUGCUCAGCUGCUCUGUCUCCCGCUGACUCUGAGUAGUGUCUUCAGUGUGUUAAGGAGAUCUCUGUGCUCACGUGCCUCGGGUUGCAGGUCUGCCAUUCAUUGAGUGAAUCUGCGUCAAGUGCCUAUGCUGAGUCUAGUCUGUAUCCCCACUCAUUCUGUUCACUGCACAGCUCAAGGACAGUUACCUCUGUCUUGAUGUUUCGUCCUGUCCACCUUGCAUUCCAGUUCAUUCCACUGGGAAAAUACCUCUACUUUCAAAGAAAAAAAACUUUUUUAACUGUUAAAAAGUAAGUAAAAGACAAAAACAACAACAAAAAGUUAUUGAAAACCUAGAAAUUAUUGUCAUCAGAAACAUUUGGGUUUUGUUUUUCUCUUUUCUUUCCUUCCUUUUUUUUAUUGUUGCCUGGUUGCCUGCCUCAGCCACCUGAGUGCCGGCAGUACAGCCUUGCACCACCAUAGCCAAUGAGCCUCGAACUUCUUUGCUCUUUGAAUUUUCCAAGCUCUUGACUUUAUGGUGGCUUAGUUUUUAAUUAAUAAGGUAUUUAGUGACUCCAUCUUUAUGAAGACCUGAGAAGAACAUGUUUUAAAUAGCAUGUGCGUUGCUUGUCGUGACCUCCUUCUGUGUGCAGGAGUAGGUGGACAGUGCCGGAAUGGUUCCAAGACCCCUCCAGUGUGAUGUAGCCAAAGUCUGCAGUUCAUGUGGACAGCUGCUGGGCUGGAGCAGUGGGGUAGGUUCCCAUUCACAGGAAACAGCUGCAUCCCUGUCUGGACAGUUUUCAGUUUUAUUUUCUUACAAAUGUUCCCAGACACUUGGCACCUUCUACUAUUGUCUGUUAAAAUCUAGUCCAAGAUGGAGUCUGACAAAGUACAAUUAACUUCUUUCAUUAUACCAUUUUCAGACAGUCCUCAGGUAGGGGACGGCUAUGUGGAUAAUGCCUGAAGUAAACUGAAGAGCCUUGUUUCAUGGUGGGAGAUGCUAACCCUUCCCAGCUUAAACUCAGCUGUGCAGACCAUGAUGCCACGGCAUGAGUCUUUCAGCCAACAUGUUAGAGGCCCCAACACCCUCGCUCAGAAAAGUUUGGCAUGCGCUUUAUUUUCUCUUCUGAGUUGAUACCAUGAUUCAUGUCAGCCAAACUUGAACUUGUUGUGAGUGUUGCAGUUUUUAUUCAUGUUACAUUAGUCUCACAUGCCCGUUGUUAACUUCACCAGACUCCAGGCAAAUGUCAUGUGUAUCAGUGUGUGUUCCGCAUUACCUUUGAAAAGUCCAACAGAUGGUGAACUUUGAAACACAGGUGUGGAAUGCCCCAUUUAGGCAGUGUCCCACAAAACUGUGAUUUCAUCCCAGAUGUGGGAAUACUGCAUUUUUCCGCUCAGAAAAAGAAUGGUUUGGUGGGAGGCAGUUCAAUUGUUAGGGAAAUUAUCGGCUUUGUUUUUUUUCCUGAGAGUUGGAAAUUCUUUACCACAAGGCAUUCUUUACCUCGUGUUAAGGCAGAGUCCCACCACUGAGUUACUAAACCCGGCCCUAGGCUUACAGUUCUGCUGUAGUAUUUCCUCUGAGUGACUAAGAGCUUGUGGGGCUUCAGUUCUGAAUGCCUGCUCUGCUAGGUUGUGUUGUAUUAUUUUAUUGUAAUAUAUCCUAUGUUUAUUGAAAAUUAAUGUCACUCUGCUGUAUUAAUUCCAACAUAAUUUAGGGAUCCUUCAUAAUUGAGAAUGAAUAGGAAACAAUCUUCAUUUAUUUAUUUAAAAAAAAAGAGGAAAAGAGUCACAGCCUAGGGAAGUGAUUGUGUAGGAAAACACUUGCCUAACACCUGUGAGGACCUGGGUCUGAUUCCUCAGCCCAGUCCAAAAACAUCCUUUACUAAAGUCACUCUGUCCUAUAGUUUUAAAUUUUAAUAAUUUGCAAAGUUGAUUAUUUAUAAUGUUGUGGUCUCUUUCCAUUAAUACUUACCUAUAAUUCAGUGGUAUAUAUUUAUCUGGAUCUGUUAAAUCAUAUAUUGAUUCCUGAAAGAGAAACUUACAGAUGACGUUCUGACAGAAGAUGAGAGCAUUUCUGUAACAGUUGCUUAAAUUCACACAAUUAUACGCAUUUGUUUCAAUGGAUUAUGUCAUUAUAUUUAAAUCGAUCAUAGUGCGUUCUAAUUGAAACAUGUCAUACUCAAGGCCACAGUUAAUGGUCACACUUUUUGCUAGCAGAUGUACUGUGUCUUUCUUAUCUCCCUUAGUCUCUGGAUCCCAGCUUUAAAAAGCCCCUGCUGACUGUCACCCUCCAGUUCUGGACUGGGUCCUGCUGUUCUGAUCUUGCUAGUUUAAUGGAAGGCUGUGGGUUUGGUAUUUGGAAAGCGGAGAGUUGCCAUUAUAUUUUAUACUUGUUUGAGGUGAGAACUCCUAAGACAUUUUUACACUGACAAAGACCACAUGGCUAUUUUGAUAUUUAGGAAAGGUUGCUACUUUAGACGCUUUUGUGGCAUUACUGUAACAGAAUUUUCAUACCUUGUAUUUCUGAAUUACACACACAAAAUAAAUGGGGAACAAGCUUUA